AUGGAAAUCUCUGAAAUUGUUACGUCUACAACUACAGUAAGAAAACCGAAGGUUGCCAUCAUUGGAGCUGGUGUCUCUGGUCUACUUGCAGCAAGGCACCUCAAAGAUAUUGCUGACAUUAAAGUAUACGAAUCUCGAGAAGAUGUGGGCGGCUUAUGGCUAUAUUCUGAGCAUUCGGAGCGUUCGCAUCCUAAUUUGGAAUCUAAUGCUUUUUACAACUUAUAUGGAUGCCUUCAAUCUUCUUUGUACCACAACAUGAUCACGAAUGCUCCAAAAGAAUGAAUGACAUUCAAAGACUUCAAACACAGUGAGGAUACCCCAUACAUCAUGCACAGCAAGACCUUCUAUAAUUACCUCAAAGAGUACGCUGCAAAGUUCGAUCUCAUGAGACAUAUCGAAUUGAAUAGAACUGUAACUAGCCUUAAGGCUAUCAAAGACAAGGAGAAUCGCUACAGGAUCCAGCACAUCUGUACCAACAUAAAAGAAGACACUGAGGUCGUUGAAGAUUUCUUUGACCACGUCGUCGUCUGAAACGGGCACUGCUCUGUUCCUAACAUGCCGAACUUUGAAGGGACAGAUUCGUUCGAAGGCACACAAUUCCACAUCCAUCAACUCAAGAAAAUGGAGCCUCAAGAUUUCGAUGAGAAGGCUGUACUUAUAGUAGGAGCUUGGAUUAGUGCUAAUGAUUUGAUCCUCAACUUAUUCUUCAGAGAGGAUACUAAGGACCUAGUUCACCCUAAAAAAGUGUAUAUAACGGGAAGAACAACUGAGCUGAUUGAAAAAUCAAAAGAUCUUCAAGAACUCAACGAUAUGGGACUCCUGGAGAUCAAGAAAGGAAAUGUUACCCGAAUCAAUCCAAACUCCGUUGAAUUUGGAGAUGGGACAGAAGAGGAAAUAGAUACCAUAAUCUAUUCCACUGGGUAUAGAUACUCGAUUCCUUUUAUUGACCCAAAGGAUAAAAUCAUUGAGUUUGAUACCAAACAGAAAGAUGGAUACUACUUCGGGCCACUCUACAAGAGGAUGUUCUGAAUCAACGAGCCUAAUAUCUACUUUGUUGGACUUGUGGAGAAAGCUCCUCUGAUACAUUAUAUUCAUGAGAGACAAGUGUUCCUCAUCAAAGAGCUGAUUCUAGGAAAAAUAUCUCUUCCAUCUAAAAGGGAGAUGUUAAGUGAGCUAGAGAAGGAUCUUUCAGAGCACGAGGAAAGAGAUGAAAAGCUUCGGAAAUUCUUCAAAUUCAACAAGAAAGGAUAUUCCCACAAAGAGUACAGCUCUGAACUUGAACAACUUACGACAAUGAAGGUUGACACUAUAAAUUAUGAGCUAUUGGAACCUGCCCACAAAGCUAAAGCAGAGUUGGAAAAGUCAGGAAGUAUCGUCAAAAUCAAGUCUUUCGACUUCUCAAAGUACCUAGAUGAUAUCGGCUUCAACCCGACAAGCUAUAAAUUCUAAACCUUGACAUAUUUCAAUUG